AUGGCAAAUUCAAAAUACGAGUAUGUGAAGUCUUUCGAGCGGGAUGACAUUUUACUACCCAACACAUGGAUUGUUGUCAGAAUCGACGGUAGAGGGUUCCACAAAUUUUCUGCGCGCUAUGGCUUUGAAAAGCCUAAUGAUUUACGAGCGUUGAACUUGAUGAACGCUGCUGCCAAGGAAGUUAUGAAAGAUCUUUCUGACUUGGUCAUGGCGUACGGCUCUAGCGACGAAUUUAGCUUCGUUUUUCACCGGACCUGCCAGCUAUUUGAAAGACGUAGUAGCAAAUUGGUAUCGACUGUCGUUUCGACGUUUACGGCGCACUAUGUUUAUAACUGGCCCCAGUUCUUCCCUUCGAGUCCUUUAGAGGUAGAGUGGCUACCCACUUUUGACAGCCGAGCUAUACAAUAUCCAAGCCUACAAAACCUGAGAGACUAUAUGAGUUGGCGUCAGGUCGACUGUCAUAUUAAUAACUUAUACAAUACAACAUUUUGGAAUAUGGUGCUACGGGGUGGGAUGAGCAACGUGGAUGCGGAAAGCGCCUUACAGGGGACUGUUUCAUCCGACAAAAACGAACUUCUCUUCUCAAGGUUUGGUAUUAACUACAACAAUGAGCCUGAAAUAUUUAGGAAAGGAAGUGUGUUAUAUCGUGAUUUCGAACAAAAGCAGCUUGAACAAAUUCAAAAAGAGCGGCAGAACGCUGUUCCAAAAGAGAGCCGCAGUGAUAAACCGAAUAAAGAGCAGCCUGAGCUCUCCAAGACCCAGAGGGAACAGCAAAAAAAGCUCCAAAAAAAGGCUGGGAUUGCGGUUGUUCAUGUGGAUAUAGUCAGAGAUGAGUUUUGGGAGCGAAGGCCAUGGAUAGUAUCGAACAAGCCAGGAAAACUUCCAGAAACCUAG